AUCGCCCCUGCUUCCAUGUCCCCUAAAACCUUCCAUUUCUUCUUAUUCCGAGUCGUCUCGGUCCAUCUCUCUGACUGAUUCUAUAUUGUGAUUUUAUGCGCUUCCUCACUAGCACAAGAAACAGAUAGAAUAAAAGAUACAACAAAUUUUACUGAAAAACAGGGGAAGAAGCAGAGGGGAGGAAUCGAUCGAUCGCCGAUGGUGAAGCUAGCAUCAGCCCGGGAGAGCCGAAUGUACGGGCCCAGAUUGUCCAGGAACAGAUUGGAAUACAUCAACGCCGGGCUCUAUGUGUUUGCUUCGAUCGUGCUUCUCAGUGGUUUUGCUGCUCAAUUUUCCAGUGAGCCCAAAUCGGGCCUCGUCCUUUUACUCAUAGCCCUCGCGAUUUUUACCAUUGUGAAUGUACAUGAUUUAAUGGCACAUCUGGCUGGGAUUGAUUAUAGAUUCACACUCAUGGAAUACGAUAUGCAACUCGCUGUUGUGGAAUUCGCCGCGCCUCUUGUUCUUACCUUGGGUACCAUCCUGUUUUUUCUGGGUAUUUUCUUCAUUCUCUUUGAGGCUGAAAGAGGCUACGGCCUGUAUAAAUUAGAGCACCAUGCUUUAAAUAUGUUGAUUGCUGGAUCUACUCUAUGGUUGCUUGGUUCAAUCAUCAACUCAUGCCAGAUUUACGAGAGAGCUGAUGGGCAUGUUCAGAUACUGCAAGGCAGUGUCAGCAUUCCUUUUUUGAUGGGAAGCUUGCUGUUUAUUGUGGGAGCUAUCCUUAAUAGCAGGGAACGCACAUCCAAUAUUCGCCACAGCAUCGCUUCACUAGCUGAGGUGUGGGUAUGGAUGGGCAUAUUCGGGAGCCUAUUGUUCUUCAUCGGGGGGCUGCUGAAUGUUGUGAAAGUGUUUAAGAUGCAGCAAGGAAACGUAUUAAGGCUGGAGAAACUGCGAGGCGGCGCACAAGAACGACUGAUUCACAUUAGGGAAGGCCAGGUCCCUUUCAUUGUGGCCACAGAGGAGCCUUCUAGGAGAAGAUCACCACCAGAAAGGGCUGUUGAGGAAGGAACUACUAACGUUGUUCAAACAACUCCUUACAAAGAUGUUCUCGUUGGUCAGACUUGAAAUCUUACUAAUAGCUUCUGUGAUGCCUAUCCAAACUUUAUAUCCCAAGAAUUGCUACACCCUUUUGGAGCUGUUUUAUACAUGCACAUUCUGAUUUACAUUUGUGAUCCAGCAGAAAUGUGUAUUUUACCUCGUCGGAUCUCAAUUCUCACACAGUCAAUUAUGAUUCAAGAGAACAAUUAUUUUAGGACGCAAGUGAUUGCAUUCUGACAAGUAUGUGUAUUCUGCUUUUACAAUUUCAUGUAAUAAAGCUCAGGGGUUCAGAAUAAUUGCAGUAUUCGUGAA